AGCCUUCACAGCAAACAGGCAAGGAUGGAUCUAGGAAUUCUUGGAGACACAUCAUGGUAGGGAAAGUUACCAAAGUUUGCUCAAGCUCUCAGGGAUCCACAACUUGACCACCAAAAUGGCAAUUAUGGCCUGGAUCGUGUGAGAGGACGACGGACUAGUGCUUUAAAUGACAACCAACCGGGAAAUAAAUAGGUCAGUUGAUACCUUAGGUAGCUAGCCUGGAAGCGCGCAGAAGAGCAGAUCAAGUUCUUGUGCCAUCACCUUCUUGCAGCCAUCCAUGGAGACACGGGGAGAUUUGGAAGUGCAGUUGAAGGGAAUGAGGGAGUAUUAUAGGGGCGGCAACACAAGAGGAGCAUCUUGGAGGAAGUCGCAGCUCCGAGGAUUGUGUCGGCUUCUCGAAGAAAGAGAAGCCGAAAUGAAUGCUGCCCUCGAAUUCGACCUGGGGAAGCAUCCUGUCGAGGCUUAUCGGGAUGAGAUAGGAGGCUUGAUAAAGUCUGCUAACUACGCACUUGGUUGCUUGAAAGGGUGGAUGUCGGCCAAGAAGGCUAAACUGCCGCUUGCUGCCGCACUAACGACUGCAGAGAUAAUUCCUGAACCUCUCGGCCUCGUCCUGAUCAUCUCAUCUUGGAAUUUUCCAUUUGGACUCUCCCUGGAACCACUGAUAGGAGCGCUGGCUGCUGGAAACGUGGUGGUCCUGAAACCUUCAGAGGUGGCUCCUAGAUGCUCCUCUCUCUUGGCCAACGUACUGCCGGCUUAUCUAGACCCCAAGGCCAUCAAGGUUGUCGAAGGUGGUCCUGCCGUUAGUGAACAACUAGUAAAGCAAAAGUGGGAUAAAAUACUCUUCACAGGGAGUGCACGAGUAGGUCGAAUAGUGAUGGCUGCAGCAGCGAAUCAUCUGACACCAGUGACUCUCGAGUUCGGGGGAAAGUGUCCCGCCGUAUUGGAUUCUCUUUCGAGCUCAUGGGACAGAGAGGUGGCCGUUCAACGAAUUGUCGGGUCAAAAUUUAGUGCCUGUGCUGGCCAAGCUUGCAUAGCCAUUGAUUAUGUCAUUGUGGAGAAGAAAUUCAGCUCCACUUUGCUGGAACUAAUGAAGGUCCGGAUCGGCAAGAUGCUUGGAGAGAAUCCGAGGGAAUCGCGCAGUAUGGCAAGAAUCGUGAAUAAACACCACUUCUUGAGACUGAAAACUCUUCUAGAAGACCCAAAUGUCAAAGCUUCUAUCGUCUACGGAGGUUCAAUGGACGAAAAAAGCUUGUUUAUUGAGCCGACCAUCUUGCUUGAUCCCCCCCUCGAAUCGGAUCUCAUGCAAGAUGAGAUUUUCGGCCCCUUACUCCCGAUCAUUACGUUGAAGAAGAUCGAGGACAGCAUCAACUUCAUAAAUUCAAGGCCUAAACCUCUCGCGCUUUAUGUCUUUACUCAUAACGGCUCGCUCAGGAAAAGGAUGGUAGCGGAAACAUCAUCGGGAAGCGUGACAUUCAAUGAUGCAAUGAUUCAAUAUAUGGCUGAUACACUACCGUUCGGAGGUAUUGGCGAGAGCGGCAUGGGCAAUUACCAUGGGAAGUUCUCAUUCGAUACAUUCAGCCACCACAAGGCAGUGUUGAGAAGAAGCUUUCUGGUUGACUUCUGGUUCAGAUUCCCCCCUUGGAAUGACCACAAACUGCAGCUGUUUCGCUCAGUGUAUCUUUUCGAUUACCUCGGAAUGCUCCUCACCGUACUCGGACUGAAGAAAUCCAAGCAAGGCUGAGCAGAGUCGAAGGUUAUUUCAAUUCACAUGAGGUCAUCAUUACAUUAAUACAUCCCGGGUGCCUAAUCGCUUUUAUUGAAAGAAUGUAAAGAACUUGCGUGCUUUAUGGUAGAUGCAAAGUCUAGAGGACUAGCCCUAUAUCAAGCCUGUAAUUCACUGGCCAUUCAGCCUUCUGUAAUGUUUGAUUGGUUAAUUUCGAGAUUCUAUCCUUUUACCUCAAUAAUAGCUUUUCCUCGUCCAA